ACAAUUUGUGUUACAUUUGAUUCAAUGCUUUUGCAAUAAUUAUCAACAUUUUAUACACAAAUAUAUCAAUGUUUUGAUUGUAAUUACAAUCCAAUUGAAGACAUAUUGUUGGCAAACAAUGGCCGCACUAUUGAACCGAUCGUUGAUUAGAGGAUCAGUAAAGAACUGUUCAUUAAGUCACAGAUGGCGUGCGGUCUGUCCAUCGGUAACAGCGAUUCGGGUCAAUCCGACCGACAAUUAUCACGAUAUAAGGACAUCCAUGGAGUUGCCGGAAAUGUCGCUAACAUUAUCUUCAGCAGACAACCCAUUGAUAAAAACAAACCAUUCAUUAAGUUAUUCAACACUACAUCUUCAAAGACUUCAAAAUAGGUUUUGUCCAAACAAUUUGUUUAAGAAAUUUAGAGAUAAUUCAUUAAGAAGUAGUAGUUGUCGACAAUUUCAUAGAUCUGCCAUCACUUUCAAUGAAGUGAAGGUAGUGGUUGUCCCACCAUUAGCUGAAUCACUCAGUGAGGGUGAUAUCCGAUGGGAUAAAGCUGUCGGCGACACCGUAGCUGAAGAUGAAGUUAUCGGUGAAGUGGAGACCGAUAAAACAUCAGUUCCGAUUCAUUCUCCAGUGGCCGGAGUUAUAGAGGAAUUGUUGGUAGAGGACGGGUCUACAGUACAACCGGGAAAAGCAGUAUUAAAGAUACGUGUUGGAGGUGCUGGCGGUGUCGCUGCUCCUAAAAAAGCUGACAAAGCAGAGGCACAUAAAGCUGCUCCAGAGGCUACAGUUAAAGCGCCAGCUCCGCCAUCUAAAGAGAUACCAACAACACCUCCGCCCCUACCAUCUCGGCCUUUAUCACCGUUAUCUUCCACUCCGGUCACACCAAUCAAACAAAAAGAUUCUUUUGGUGAGUCAGGCGUAACAAUUGGCACCCGAAAGGAGAAUAGAGUUAAAAUAAAUCGUAUGCGACAGCGGAUCGCUCAGAGACUAAAAGAUGCCCAAAACACUUAUGCAAUGCUCACCACUUUUAAUGAAAUAGAUAUGAGUAAUGCAAUUGAAAUGAGAAACACAUAUAAAGAUAUCUUUCAGAAGAAACAUAAUCUCAAACUUGGUUUUAUGUCUGCUUUCGUGAAGGCGACUGCCUAUGCAUUACAAGAUCAGCCCAUUGUUAAUGCUGUUAUUGAUGAGUCAGAAAUUGUCUAUCGAGACUAUGUAGACAUUAGUGUUGCUGUGGCCACACCUAAAGGAUUGGUUGUACCCGUCAUUAGAAGUGUAGAAACUAUGAGUUAUGCAGACAUUGAGAAAACUAUAAAUGCUUUGGGAGAAAAAGCCCGAAGUGGUUCAUUGGCCAUUGAGGACAUGGAUGGCGGAACUUUUACUAUAAGUAAUGGCGGUGUGUUUGGCUCAAUGUUUGGCACUCCAAUCAUUAAUCCGCCUCAAUCUGCUAUUUUGGGAAUGCAUGCCAUCAUUGAGAGACCGGUUGUUAUUAAUCAUAAGAUUGAAGUGCGACCAAUGAUGUACGUAUGCCUCACGUAUGACCACAGACUCAUAGACGGCAGAGAAGCGGUCACUUUCUUACGUAAAAUAAAGGCAGCCGUAGAAGACCCGAGAAUUAUGUUUUUAGAAAUAUAAUUCUUUUUAAAUAAUGUGUUGAAGUGAUUAGUGUUUUAAAAUAAUUAAAAGUAAUUUAGAUUUUAAAAAUAUUAUAUAAAUUGUAAUAUAUAUAUAUA